AUCGUGGUAAGUCCACGGGUGUCCGAAUCCAGUCCUGGAGGUUCACAUCAGUGCAGAUUUAAGCACUUUACCACUUAUAACACACACAGGCUAAUUCAACACAUCAUCUGAUUUUUUGCGUCUUCACCUGCUGAAUUUGGUGUUGGAAGUUUAAAAAACGAGUUUUACGGUUGAGUUUAACGCUCCUGACUCCUGCAAAAAAUAGUUUUCGUUCUCUUAAUACUCUACAUAUGUUGUUAUUGGUGCUAUUGCUGCUCAUUAAUACAUAUUUAAUAUUCUAUUUACACUUACGUUAACUUGUUUCAUCUACUGUAAACCUGCUCACCCAAACCUAAAAGUUUGAAAAAGAAAAUACGCAAAAAAUAUAUUUCAACAAAACAAGACAAUAUUACGGCAAUUAAUCGGCUUGAAACCGAUUCAAUUAAUUGCUGUCAUAAAUUAUGAAUUUAUUAAUCUAUUACUCAUGAGUAUUUUCGUUGGUUAUAUAAUUUUAUAAUUUAAAAAAAAAACCUGCCAUGGAUCUGAAUUGCCCAUCUGAUGCUAGAUAUGAUCGCAAUAGCGUUAUAAUAUAAUUGAUGCGGUAAAAUGUGCGCGCGCUAGACUACACAGUUUAUUCCUUGUGGUAUGUUUAUGGUUAUGAUUUUGUAAAGAUUGUCGAGGUUGUUAGGAUUGUUGUGCUCCUGCUCCGCUGAAGUGGCUCUCCUUUGCCCACACUUCAUCAUGACAUCAUGGUCACCUGAUCCGCGCGCAGAGGAAAUCCUGCUGCUUUGGAGAGGAUGCUGGACAUUACAGAGGAGUGUAGCUCGUAGCGUCACCAGCUUUUUUUUUCCCUCUCCUGCCUCCAAUGUUGUGAAACGGCUUUGUUUUGACGAGGGUCUGCAAGUUUCGGUAAAGCGAAGCAAUACACUUUCUUUGUGGACAGUCUGAUUGGUACUGGUCGCUCUAAGGUACUUUAUUGGUGUUUCAAAGAAGCGUCUUUGGUGAGUAAAGUCCAGACGCUCUCGGAUAGUCUAAUGUUUCUCACCUGUUGAUUCAGGUGAAAUCGGACCAGCCUGUGGAUUUGCUACUAUGACUUUGGAUACGGAUUUAAUGGACGACCUGGUUAUCGACGUGGUGGGAGAAGGGAGCAAGGAUUCGGGAGAAGAGAGCUGCUCUACCUCACCUCCAGUCGUGUCCGAGGCUGAGUUCAGCUCGGCCGCUCUUACUGCCAGGCAUUAUGAUGGCGAUGGGAAAGACAUCGCAUCUUCCAGAUGCCUUCCAGCUCCGAACAAAGGCGCCUCGGUGAAGCCACCUUAUUCCUACAUCGCCCUGAUCACAAUGGCCAUCCUGCAGAGCCCGAAGAAGCGGCUCACUCUCAGCGAGAUCUGCGACUUCAUCAGCCACCGCUUCGCUUACUAUCGCGAGAAAUUCCCCGCCUGGCAGAACUCCAUUCGCCACAACCUGUCGCUCAAUGACUGCUUCGUGAAGAUGCCGCGGGAGCCGGGCAACCCGGGGAAGGGCAACUACUGGACCCUAGACCCGAACUCUGCGGACAUGUUUGAGAAUGGCAGCUUCCUGCGGCGGAGGAAGCGUUUCAAGCGGCAGCAUUUCCGAUUCGGUGUGUUGAAAGAUCACGCGUUAGAGCCCGCAGGCUUUCCGAACCUGUCGUAUGGCGCAUAUGGCCUCGGAGCGUCCUGUGUGCCUUUACCAAGUAUGGACGUCUAUCCGUUUGGAUUCCGCCAUGCAACUCAGGCGUCCUGUGUGCCAGGCGCUCCACCUGGUACCGUCCUUCCGGCGCUGUCCACCUUCUUUUCGCGGAGUUCACUACAUACUAAAGCUUUCGCACCGAGCCAGGCGCUCACAGUGGAGUCAUUAAGCUCAGCUCCGCUUCCCUCCAGCUCCCCGUAUGCGCCCUCCGCUCUUCUCCAUCCCAUCGCCUUUCCUCCGUUUCUCAGCCUGCAGUAUGAAUACCAGAAACUGCAAAGCCUGACAGGCAGCUCGGAGGCGCAUAAUAAACACGUGUACCUGGGCAGUGUUGUUAAUUAGCAGCGAUGCGGCUUUCUAUUUGUUUUCUCUCUCUCUCUCUCUCUCUCUCUCUCUCUCUCUCUCUCAGGAAAUAACGUUUUUGGCAUGUUGAUAUGCUUUCAGAGUAAGAGAUCAGAUUAUCUCUGAUGGCAUUUAAUGGACACUGAACUUUUGACAUUUAUUCCCCCACUGAAUUUUAUUGAGAUUUCUUUUUGUUGUUGUUGUUGUUGUUGUUGUUGUUGUUGUUGUUGAAGAAAGACUCAUGUGUGCUUAAAAUAUUUUUCUUAUAUAAAUUUCAUACUACAAAAUUGCGUUGAGUGAUUUGAAAAAUAUUUAACUGACGAAUUUCCUCUUGGUUGUUUGGGAAAAAAAAUGAAUAAAACGAAUUUGUUUUCACGAAUUUGUUAAUCACUCAUGUGAUCAUUAAUUUGUUAAUGGACGAGGACUUUUAUACCCCCAUUUAAUUAUAAGUUAAUUAUUGCACAAAAUAAUUGUAUUAGUUUAAAUAUUAAAAUAGGCAACAUUUCAGAAAUUGACCGUUCUAUUAGCCUAUAAAAUGUUUUCUAACUCUUUGACUAACUUUACUUUA